AUGCAUGUUUGGCACGCACCGCGGUUUUUACACAUGACUCCCACCAUGGUGGAGCACAGCAGCCUGGAUAUUAUGUGUCUGAACAAGUAUUGCCACAGUUCCUCGUCGUCGUCCAGCUCCGAGCACGACAAGAAGAUUUUCACCAAACUAAAACUCAAUCUGUCAGGGGACUAUCCGAGGAAGAACGCAGAGAUCCUCAGCGGUCAGUACGGGACAAACUUGUUACUGAUCGGGGCGGCGCUGAUGCUGGCCAUUGCGCACCAUGACCCCUCUGUCAAGGAAGAGCACCUGCUGUCCUUUGCCACCUGCCUCAUGAUCCUCCAGCUGAUCUGGAUGAUGUGGUACAUCCUGGUGCGGGACAGGCAGAAGAACACGAGGACUGAGAAAGACGUCCACGCCACCACAUGCUGGAUAAGAGGUGGUUUGACUCUCCUUGCACUCCUUUCACUGAUUAUGGACGCUUUCCGAAUCGGGUAUUAUGUUGGCUAUCAGUCUUGUGUGUCGGCUGUGCUCGGGGUAUAUCCUGUCAUCCAUGCAACUCACACCAUAGCACAGGUGCAUUUUCUCUGGUUUCACAUCAAGGACGUCAUCAAGAGCUUUGAAACUUUUGAGAGAUUUGGUGUCAUCCACGCGGUCUUUACCAACCUCCUGCUGUGGUGCAACGGUGUGAUGUCAGAGGCUGAGCACUUCUUGAACAACCAUAAGAGAAGACUCUCUGCUCUGGGCUAUGAAAACCUCACUAUAGAGCACUCAGAGCCAGACUGUAACUGCACCACCAGCACAUGCUCCAUGUUCUCCAGCAGCCUCUACUAUCUCUACCCCUUCAACAUCGAGUACCACAUCUUUGUCUCUGCCUUGCUUUUCGUAAUGUGGAAGAACAUUGGGCGCACCAUUGACCUCUCUUCAAACCGGAAAAGGCUGGUUACCAAAACCCAGGGCUUGACCUUAGGCCCCAUUCUGGGUCUACUUGCACUUGCCAGCACCAUCGGGAUACUGGUGGUCUACAUUACCCAUGUAGAGGGGUCCCUCCGAAUGCGUCAGUCAGCCAUUUCCAUGUUCUACAUCUACGGCAUCGUCAUGCUGGUGGUCAUGUGCUUUGCCGGCGCUUCAGGUCUACUCAUAUACCGAGCGAACCACAUGCCUCUGGACACCUCCAAGAAUCCGUCAAGACAACUGGACACAGAGCUGCUGUUUGGAUCCUCAAUAGGCUCCUGGUUCAUGUCUUGGUGCAGCGUAGUGGCUGUGUUAAGCACCACCAGCAGCCCUCCGUACCGCUGGACCAACCUAAUCUACUCUCUGCUUAUUGUUUUGGAGAAGUACGUCCAGAACCUCUUCAUCAUAGAGUCCCUGUAUCGCCAGCAAGAGACCGGAGAGAGGGAGGACCCAGAGUUACCCGCUGCUCCAGAAAUCUUCUCAGUCACCUCUUCUCUGGCUCCGCCAUACAACGGCAUCAUCAACCGAGCUUACGAGACUCCGGACAGGACCUGUGUCACCAUGGAAAACGAGCAGGAGGAGAGCGGACAGGUGUACCGGUGUCCACGGAAACAUUCUGAGGUGCCGCUGCCGGUGGGAACCAAAGUAGUGGAGCCGCCAAAUAUAAAGAGGCAGAUCCUAAAGAACAUCGCUGUUUUACUGAUAAUGUGCAACAUUUCGCUGUGGAUCCUUCCUGCUUUUGGCUGCAGGCCACAGUACGACAACGGUCUGGAACAGGAGACGUUUGGCUUCAGCAUAUGGACCACAGUUCUCAAUUUCGCCAUUCCUUUGAACCUUUUCUACCGCAUGCACUCAGUCGCCUCCCUCUUCGAGGUGUUCCGCCGAGUCUAA